AUGAUUUUUAUAUCAAACUUUUUUAGUGAUGACAAUUACAAAGAAUCCUUGAAUACAAAUCCGCUUCCUUCCAUUUGCAUCGUAGGAGAAAAGGCUCUUUUUCUCAAACAAAGCUUUCAACAAGCUGAGACUUCGGAUUUUCAAAUUCAUCUCACCUUUUAUGAUUCCCUUGAUGUUAUUAAGCCCAAAAAGCAAAAAUUACACGACACAACCAAUAACGGCCUGUUGAAAAGUAAAUGGUGUUUCAAGCAUCAAUAUCAAGAUUUUGGGUGCAUUUUGUUAUCUAUUGAAAUAUCUGAAGACCGACACGGGGCUACAUUUGAACAACUAAAUAAUCUUUUGAAAGGAAUCAAUGAUAGAUUAAUCCGUUCAUAUAUUGUCCUUGUCGGCAUCACUCAAGAGACAACAAAUGACCCUGACAAAGAGUUUUUCAAUAGUUUACAUCAGUUGGCAACAAAUCAGCUUGGUGAACGUUUAUAUGCUUUUACUACGAUUUCUGACAAUCCUGCAAAUCAUUCUGUAGUGUCUACCCUCAGAAAGAUUCUCGUUGCCGCCGCUUUAAAUCAUCAUAAAAAUGAGAUUAUAAGGCUGAAAGAAAAGAAGAAGUUACUAUCCCUACAACGGCAUUCGGUUCUGGCGAUUGCCCGAACCUAUUUUCAAAUAGCAUGGCAUUAUCUGAUUAGUUUUGAAUAUGAGGAAGUGAAGAAGAACUUACAUAAAGCUUAUAAAAUAUUAAGGUCAUUUUUUUCAAACUUCCCACCUUUAGAUGUGCGCAUGGUAACAUCCCUUUUCUUGCACUACAUUGUAUCAGUCCUCCCACUAUGUGGGGACGUUCUCUCUGUGGAAUCUGAACUUUUUGAGACAAUUAGCUCACACAUUAACUGGGUUGGGCACGCCUUUACUUCCCAGUAUGACAGCAGCUGCCGAAAACUUGCGUCAGCCCUAAAAAGUGCUCUAGUUGCUGAAUGGUGUGGGAUUCUAGCCAGAAAAACGCUUGACAUAAAACCAUUGAUGCGAAGCGACUUUCUGAUAUCAGCUGCUAAUAAUUUGCACCAAAUCAAAUCUUUUUCACAGCUUUUUUCUGAAAAGACAACACGUCUUUCUUCUCCAUUAUACAUUGGAACAGAAUGCAUUUCCAGCGUCUACGCUGAUGCUUUUUUUGGAAUGUUUAGACAAUCGGUGUCGUCAGUUCACAUAUCUGGUUUAUUAAAGGAAGCUAGCGCAACCUCAUCGCCCCAAUACCGAAAGUACGAGAAGCUCUAUUUUGAGAUGUGUGCACAUGAGACAGUCAAUUUAAGCUUUCUUGAAACCCUUCUUGAAAGAAAUUUGAAUUCUCUUUAUCUUUCCGAUUUUCUUUGCGCUCUGGUUUUGGAUAAGUGCGAUGACCAUUGUAUGGACACCAAGAAUAAUAAAUUGCUUUAUUAUAUCCUUAUUAAUGGUUCUGUAAGUCCACUUUCUUUAUCAUCGCAAAUAGAGUUUUGGAAUAGGCUUGAAAAAUUCUCGGAACAACCAGUUCUCACUUUGCACUACCCACAUGGUAGUUUUCAGCCACCCUUUACAGUCCUCACACAAAUUGAACAUAAUUCUGUAGAGGCAUCUGAUGGCAGAGCACCACUGAUUUUAAUAUUUUUUACUACGUCCGUGCAGCCUAUUAUAUUGACUAACAUUCAGAUAACCUUACAGAAUAUCAACAGUUUAGAUGCCGAAUCAGGGAUACUGGAAGCCUCUGUGGUUGGUUCCUACAAAGUAGAAGCGUCUGGGUCGAUAAAGGCAAAAGCUGAGAUCACAUUUCCACGGAAUGGGAAAUUUAUUUGCAACAAGUUAUGGGCCACUGUUUCAAUGGGGGUCUUUAAGUUUGACAUCAUUUGGACACUCCAUGAAUUCAGUGGUGAUACUAGGUCAAAAAGGUCAUUUAUUUUGGCUAAUACUCCUAUUUUGAAUGUUACAAAACCUAUUUCGUUUGCCAAUGUGUCUUCUGCUAUUAGUGUAGAAGCUGUGGAAUCUGAAGACUUUCGAAUACCUAUUACUAUUGAAGGGAAGGAAAAUUUAUUGACGAAUGUAAGCAUCACUUUUCUCUAUUUGCCUGAUUUUUUUUCAGGCGCUCUUUAUUUUAUUUCCGGUGAAAAUGAUGACAUCAUGCCCUGCGAGCGCAUUCUUGGUUCCAAGGAUGAAUCGACCUAUGCGCUUAAUGAUCUAUUUCCAGGUCACACUAUGUCUUUAUUGCUUUGUGGAAAAUGUUCAAGAAGCGGUGUGUAUCAAAUUCCUAUUUUAUUUCGUCACUCUACAAAAGAUUUUAUGGAUAUGAAAAUUGUAAGGGUAUCCGUAUUGGUGAUCAACCCACCAUUUUCAGUUGACUAUUCUUGUUUCACUUCCACGCUUUGGUCUUCUGAUGCCGGUGAAGUGAAUUUUCCAACAAUGAAUUCUGUAUACCAGCAAAGAGAUUUAAAUAUUCUUGAGAAACCAAAGGAUACCAAACUGCUGCAGACGUCAACUUCUACAGCGGAAUGGUAUAGUAAGAAUGCUGCACUUUAUUAUACUGUACGUAGCGAAGAUGCUUCUUCAAAAACGCAGCUAAAGACUUCUGUGGGUGAAAUGGUGUCAUUUCUUAUCAAUUUAACCUGCACAGCAGGGAAAAAAAUUACUGUCUUAAAAUCAGAUAUCAUAUGUAGCGAGGAGUUACAUCUUCACAGCUUAUCGUAUGGAGAGCUUCCAUGUGUUUUGGAUGAAGAGGAGUCGGUCUCGAUUUUCGCUCAACUACGAGCCUGGAAAAAGGGCGUUCUCUCGCCUGGAUUCGUCCGCAUUUUGUUUGCCCCUCAGUCUUCACCGUCUUCUCAUUUCGUGGCAGAUUUUUCGCUUCCACCUAUUAUAAUUGAAGACUCUGAGAUUAGGAUAAAGUAUGUUUAUCCCUCGACCAUUCUCUUUGGGUACACUAUAAUAUUAAAAUUAGUCAUCUUUAACUCAGGAAAGGAUCUUUUUCGUGGCGAGCUUUUGGUGGAUACACGAUCAGACUGCUUUAGUAUGCGUGGUCGCACUCGAUGGAAUCUUGCUGUUUGCCCACAAGAUAAUACCGAGGAGCGAAUUGAGCUGAUUCCCUUAAAGGUUGGUGAAUUACCGCUACCAUUCAUUCAGCUUAACGAUAUUCACGGAUCUCCUGUGGUGACUCAGCCUAUUAUAACCCAUCACGUGACUGUUCUUUCAGGGCAACAACCGUAUUUAGCGUUUAAUACACUAAUACACGCAUCCUGA